AUGAAAGUUCUAGUAUUUGCGGCAUGCGUGGCUAUCGUCGCGGCCCGUCCGGAGCCGCCAGUAGGAGGCUAUAGCCAUGGUCAUCACGGUGGCCACCACGGUGGUGGUGGACACGGUGGCCACAGUGGCUACAACUAUGCCCAGCCCCAGCAAACCUACGUCGCCCCGGUGGGCGCUGUGUCGCAGUUCUCGGGCACGGCUUCGUCGGCCACGGCCUCGGCUGGAGCUAGCGCUUUCGAUACCCUGAGCUUCGGUGGUGGUGGUGCCGCCGCCGGUUCCAACGCCUUCGCCGGAUCGAACGCCUUUGGUGGAUCGAACGCCUUCUCCGGUGCCCAGUCCUUCAGCAGCGGCCAGGCUCAGUCCGUCGGCUUCGUCGCUCCCCAGCAGCAGAUUGUCCAGAAGCACAUCUACGUGCACGUGCCGCCACCAGAGCCGGAGCAGUCGUUCCAGCAGCAGAUCGUCGCCCCGGGCCUGCGCCAGAAGCACUACAAGAUCAUCUUCAUCAAGACGCCGUCGGUGCAGCCGUCCGCCGCCCAGCUCGCCCUGCAGCAGUCGCAGACCGAGGAGAAGACGAUCGUCUACGUGCUGGUGAAGAAACCGGAGGCGCUCGGCGACAUCAGCCUGCCCGCCCCGUCCGUCAGCAAGCCAAGCAAGCCGGAGGUCUACUUCAUCAAGUACAAGACCAACUCCGAGCAGGUCCCGCUGGCCGUCGGCAGCAGCUCCGGUGCGGUCGCCCAGGCUGACGCCGGACUCGGACUGCUCUCCUCCAGUGGUACCGCAUCGGCCACCGCCGGAGCCCACGCCUCGUCCGCUUCACACCUCCCGGCUCAGGCGUACGGCGCCCCUGGUGGACACCAUCACGGACACGGAUACGCCUAA